GAGCAGCUCACCUUGCAUUGCGGCAAGUUGCAGACUCCAGAGCCGCUGCUGCAGAAUCUCUGAGUGCUUGCAUGCUUGCAUUCCUCCUCCUCAGCACACCUUCUUCCUCGUUGGUGCUUGCAGAGGAGCGUGCCAGAUUACAGUAGUACGUGGCCUCAAUUAGGGUUCUGCAAAGAGGGGGAGGGGCACAAUUACCACAAAGCAGGCAGGCUUCGGCAGUGGGAAGCAACGUGUGGAAAGCAACGUGGUUGAGUGUAAAUCUUUACCCAUUGAGGAGCAUGGCUUCUGCUCUGUCCCCUGCCGUUGUCACAUCCUGCAGCAGCGCUUUAGUACCCUCAGCAAAGAGUGGUUUUGAGUCUGCCUCCAUAUCUGAUGGCAGGAGGACCUUUGCGUGCCAUGUUGGCCUCAGGAAGGUACAAUUGAACUCUGUGAUAGUCCCAACAAGGCAUGAGCGGGCCGUCAAAUGCCAGGGGGUGCGGGCAAAGGAUUCUGAGCCUGGCUUUUUUCAGAAGAUUGGGACGGCAGUGCAGAAAGCAAACAAGAAGGCGCCAGAGCCAGAGCCAGAACCCAAGGGGACAGGCUGGUUCAAGCUGGGGGCCAACAAGGCAACCGGGACGCAGAAAGUUUCACGAGGCACAGGCACGGCUGUAAAGAAGGGAACGCAGCUGCAGAAGGCCACUGGUACCGGAAAGACCGGCACCACACAGAGAUUUGCGGCUCUUGCCCAGACGUUUGUGCAGCGGGCGAAGCCUACCGAUCCAAAGACUGUGUUUGUGAGCGGGGCCACUGGGCAGACCGGAGUGCGCAUUGCCAAAGAAGUGUUGGCAGCGGGGCUGAAUGUGCGCGCGGCUGUGCCUGAUGCCGAGGAAGCGGACAAAUUGCUGGCAUUUGCCGUGCAGUAUGAGCUGAUCUCCCGGGAGGAGGCCAAGCGAGUGAACAUUGUGGAGUACGAUGUCACCGACGUCGACUCCAUUGCGGAGUCCAUUGGCAAUGCCGGCAAGGUUGUGCUGGCUCUCGGCUCCGCUGAGAACGGCCCACGUGGAAAGAUGAGCAAUCAGGACGCGCUGCGAGUCCUGGAGGCUGCCAAGCUGGCCAACUCGAGCCAUUUUGUGCUGGUCUCCUCCAAGGGGGGGUCGAGUGGCGGGGGUGGCGGCUUUUUCAGCGGGUUCUUUGGGGGGGGCGGCGCAGUGAGUGACAAGGGCCUGUUAGACAAGCUGGCGGAGAGCGGGUUGACAUACACGGUGGUCAGGGCGGGACCGGAUGGCGAGAGCGAGGGAAAUUUGGUCGUGGAGGCAGAGGGGACCGCGCUGACAGGGAAGGUCUCCAAGUCCCAAGUGGCCGAGGUGGUGGCGGGGGCGUUGGCUGACCUGGAGGUAGCAAAGAACAAGGUGUUUGAGGUGUCCAGCAGCGCCGAGGCGCCCAGCAAGACCAUCUCCGACCUGCUCAGUGCUGUCUCUGAGGACGGGCGCUACGGGGAGGUGAUUGCCGCCAAGAAGGCUGCAGAAGAGGAGGCGGCCGCUGCGGAGAAGCGGGCGCAGGAAGCGGAAGAGGAGGCCCAGAGGCGCGCACAGGCCCAGGAGGCAGCGCGGGAAGCAGCAGAGGAGGCCUCCGCGGCAGAGGCGCGCAAGAAGGAGCUGGAGCAAGAGGCCAAGCAGAUGCAGGCCAUCGAGGCGCGUGCGGCGGCAGCCAGGGAGAGGGCCCGCGCCAGGGCCGACUCGGCAGGCACGGCGGUGCAGACCGUGGCUGCCAAGGCCGAGCAGAUGAACUUGGGCCCUCUCGACGCAUUUGCCGCACCCUCCAAGAAGGGCGCGCAGUCGUUCAGCUUUGGCUCACUCUUCAACAAAGCGGAGGAGGGGGCCGAGGACGCCGCCGAGGAGGUCAGAGGAGCGGCCAAGAAGGUGGCGGGGCGCGCCAAGGCGCAGGUGCAGCCAGCGGUGCGGAAAGCGGCUCGGAGUGAGCCCGUGAAGGAGGUCAAGAAGGCCGCGGGGGGCUUCAAUUUCGGGUCGUUGUUGCCGAAGAAGGAAGAGGUGGUGGAAGAGCCGGUUAAGGAGGCGAAGAAGUCGGCCUUCGCGUUCGGGUCCCUGCUGCAGAAGAAGGUGGACGAGGGGGCCAACGGGGUGGCGGCCAAGGUGCAGCGGUCACGGCCAGCGGCAGCCAAGCAGGUGGCGCGAGUUGGCUCGCAAUUGAAGAAAGCGGCCCCUAAGGCCCCCGCGCCUAAACCAGCGGCGGCCAAGAAAGGAGGGAAGGGGGGUUUGUUUGGAGGGUUGCUACCGAAGGAAGACGAGUAUCUGUACGAAGACUAAGUUGCAUGGCAGCAUGGAACGAGUUGCGGGAGGCCUGCGCAAAAGCGGGGCUCCCGGUUUUGUGUACUCUACAUGCAAGGCUUUGUGUGGGCUACAGUCGACGUGUUUGGCCAACUGGCAGAACAAAGAGUGUGUACAUUUAUGUAUUGAGGCCGUUGAGAUUGGGCCUGCCGAGCUAGGGAAUUAUUUGCCUAAAGUCGUUGUAAGUCGCGCGGAGUUGACCACGCUUUGAAGCUCAGCGUCUCAGAUGUACCUCCUUGACCGUUUCUGCACGUAAGCGCAGCGUUGGGGACAGCUCUAGGAAGUGGCGCCACAAGCCUUGACCCUUUCAGAUAUGUCGUUUUCUGGCCCCCAUCAUUCAGGAUUCAAAGCUGCAAGGUGCAACAAGCCUGGAGGCGUGGUUGUCUUAAUACUCAGUACGUACGAUUCCUGUUCGACGCGCUCCUGUGCCUCUCAUCAUUUGUAAUCGAUGCCAGUAUAGCGCGGCACAUCAGGUCUCCGGCGGUAGCCAG